GAACUUCGCUGGGAUUCGGGUCGUUCAGAGCCGGAAGUGCUGAUAGCGGAAGAUUCCUUUGCAAUGAAACAUCCCACGUUGCUGGCAUCGAUGAGAAACUAGAUCAUCCCAGGCAGCUGCGAUUUUUUGCAACCUUCAUCAUCAGCCAUGGACGAACAGGAACAGCAGCCUCAGCAAUACUAAACCCGGAAACAACUGGCAGCAUCGAAACAUGAAACAUCGUACCGCGCGCAGCUGGAUCGAGGCAAAUUUUCAAAAACGGGAAUGCAUCAAGUUCAUACCAAGCACCAAGAAUGGAGACUCAUGCUGUUGUGGUCAGGAGCGCAGGACGCACCAGUUCGUGCCGGGCAUCGAACCGGGCAUCGCAGGAGACGUUUGGCUGCCCCAGAAGCACACCCGAGCCCAGUCGACCGAUGCGUACGGUACGAUCGAGUUUCAGGGCGGUGCUCAUCCUACGAAGGCGCAGUACGUUCGCCUAUCGUACGACACACGACCGGAGCUGCUGGUGCAACUGUUCACGCGCGAAUGGAAUCUCGAGCUGCCGAAGUUGCUCAUUACGGUGCAGGGAGGCAAGGCAAACUUCGAGCUGCAGCCAAAGUUGAAAAAGGUGCUCCGGAAGGGCCUGCUGAAGGCAGCCAAAACGACCGGGGCGUGGAUAUUUACCGGCGGAACCAACACGGGUGUAACGAAGCAGGUUGGCGAUGCGCUUCUCCUCGAGGGCCAGCAGCGGUCGGGGCGCGUGGUGAGCAUCGGUAUCGCACCCUGGGGCAUCGUGGAGCGUAACCAUGAGCUGCUGGGACACAACCGGGACGUACCGUGCCAUAGUAUUAGCUCGCCCAGAUCGAAACUGGCGGUGUUGAAUAACCGGCACGCUUACUUUCUCCUCGUCGACAACGGUUCCCAGGGACGCUACGGGGCGGAACUAAUCCUCCGGAGGAAGCUGGAGAAAUACAUAUCGAAUCAGAAACUGCAGCCCUUUACCCACUCGAGCACCCCCGUAGUAUGCUUGGUAAUUGAAGGUGGUACAAACACAAUCAGAGCUGUGCUAGAGUACGUCACCGAUAACCCACCGGUACCGGUAGUAGUGUGUGAUGGGUCAGGCCGGGCUGCUGAUCUAAUCGCGUUUGUACAUAAGUAUGCAUCGGACAGCGGCGAACAGCAGGUGCUGGAAUCGAUGCACGACUAUCUCCUUGCGACGAUACAGAAAACGUUCGAGGUAAGCCAGGACCAGGCGGAGCAGCUGUACCAGGAGUUGCUGCAGUGUACCAAGAACAAAAAUUUGAUAACGGUGUUCCGCAUUCAGGACCGACCGGAGGGCAAUACUCAGGAACUGGACCAAACGAUUUUAACUGCACUUUUUAAAUCACAGCACCUCAGCCCGCCAGAGCAGCUUAGCCUGGCACUCACGUGGAACCGGGUCGACAUCGCCCGCUCGGAGAUAUUCGUGUACGGUCAGGAGUGGCCCCACGGGGCGCUAGACGAGGCGAUGAUGCAGGCCCUCGAGCACGACCGGAUCGAUUUUGUUAAGCUCUUACUAGAGAACGGAGUGUCGAUGCGCAAGUUCCUCACGAUACCUCGACUCGAGGAACUGUACAACACCAAGCAUGGACCGGCCAACACACUCGGGUACAUUUUGCGCGACGUCCGGCCACAUAUCCCGAAGGGCUACGUGUACACGCUGCACGACAUCGGUCUGGUGAUAAACAAGCUAAUGGGUGGUGCGUAUCGGUCGUACUACACGCGCCGGAAAUUUCGUCCGAUUUACGCGAAGGUAAUGAACAGCUACGUCAACACGCACCGGAAGCCGUCCACCUUUCAACGGUCGGCGGGUAUCAACUCGAUGAGCCUGGUUGCCGGGCUCCUUCCGGUGACGUCCGAUAUGGCGCUAUUCGAGCUGCCGUUUAACGAGCUGCUCAUCUGGGCCGUGCUUACGAAGCGGCAGCAGAUGGCACUGCUCAUGUGGACGCACGGUGAGGAAGCACUUGCGAAGUCGCUGGUUGCCUGCAAGCUUUACAAAGCCAUGGCGCACGAGGCAGCCGACGAUGACCUCGACACGGAAAUCUACGAGGAGCUGCGAAGUUACGCGAAGGAGUUCGAGAGCAAAGGACUGAAGCUGCUGGACUUUUGCUACCGGCAGGAUGCCGAGCGGGCACAGCGGUUACUCACCUGCGAGCUGCAAUCCUGGUCAAGCCAGAGCUGUCUCUCGCUGGCGGUGGCGGCGAACCAUCGGGCCAUACUGGCCCAUCCCUGUAGCCAGAUCAUUCUGGCCGAUCUCUGGAUGGGCGGACUGCGCACAAGAAAAAACACCAAUCUGAAGGUUAUCUGUGGGCUGCUGUGUCCGUUUUAUAUAAGAAAGUUGGACUUUAAGUCGAAAGAAGAGCUACAGCAAAUGCCGCAAACGGAAGAGGAACACCUGGAGAAUCAGUACUUAGACUACGAGGAUCGCGAUAAGAAGGAUCCAGACGCGGAGGCGCUUCUGUCCGAUACGUACUCAAUGAAAGAUACCAAAGUGCAGGAGAACGGAAAAGUUUCCCUAACCGACUCGGAGAACACGCAGUACAAGGAUUAUCUGUUCGAUAGCGACGUGCGGCAGCAGCGACCGUUGAAGUUGAAGAAGAAGAUCUACGAGUUCUACACCGCUCCCAUUACCAAGUUUUGGGCUGACUCGAUGGCAUACGUAUUUUUUCUGGUAAUGUUCACCUACACCGUGCUGGUGCGGAUGGAGGAAACACCCAGCUGGCAGGAGAUGUAUGCCAUCGCCUACAUUACCACGCUUGGCUGUGAAAAGAUUCGCGAGAUAGUUUCCUCUGAACCGGUGGCCAUAUCACACAAAUUCUCUGUCUGGGCGUGGAACAUGUGGAAUCCCUGCGAUGCGGCGGCCAUAAUAUUCUUCCUCAUUGGGUUGGCAUUGCGACUGCGGCCAUACACGAUGGACAUCGGGCGGGUGAUAUACUGCGUCGAUAGCAUCUACUGGUACUUGCGGAUAUUGAAUAUUCUAGGCGUAAACAAAUAUUUGGGACCAUUGGUGACGAUGAUGGGCAAGAUGGUGAAGAACAUGAUCUACUUUGUGGUGCUGUUACUGGUGGUAUUGAUGAGUUUCGGCGUGAGUCGACAGGCGAUUCUCUUUCCCAACAAUGAUGCCAGCUGGCGGUUGGUACGCGAAGUUUAUUAUCAACCAUAUUUCAUGUUGUACGGAGAGGUGUUUGCGGAUGACAUCGAUCCUCCUUGUGGGGAAGAUCCAUCGCAGCCACCGUGUGUCACGGGACACUGGGUGACACCAAUCGCUAUGUCGAUGUAUCUGUUGAUUGCCAAUAUUUUGCUCAUUAACCUACUGAUCGCUGUGUUCAACAACAUCUUCAUCGAGGUGAAUGCCGUCUCGCAUCAGGUGUGGAUGUUUCAACGAUUCACGGUGGUCAUGGAGUACCAACAAAAGCCGGUUCUGCCACCUCCGCUGAUCGCGCUCAGUCACUGCUAUUCAUUACUUCGGUACGCGAUCCGCAAGGCAAAAGGUCUACAGGAGUCUCGCGACAACGGGUUGAAACUUUUCCUCGAGAAAGAGGACAUGGAGCGGUUGUACGACUACGAGGAGGAAUGCGUGGAGGGAUACUUCCGCGAGCAGGAGAUUCUGCUACAGCAGUCGACUGAGGAACGUAUCAAAAACACAGACGAACGGGUAGACCACAUGGCGCAGAAGAUUGAAGAUAUCAACCAGAAGGAAAACAUCCAAAGUGCGGCCGUGCAAAACAUCGAGUUUCGGUUGCGUAAGGUGGAGGAAACGGCAGGCGAAAUCCUGUCUCAUCUGGCCGUGAUACAUCGGUUCAUGGCGGCUCAUACGUUGAUGCAAGGCGGUACGAUGCAGGGCUCGACUGGUAACGUUAGUGGCAAUGUAGCACUCGAGGGUGCCCCCGGUAUUGCGCCCAUUCCGGUGGAUCAUCGGACACGCACGAUAUCGGAGAGCGAUAGCUACAUUAUGCAGCCGACGUUGCCGCCACCGACGCAAAGGAGAAAGUUCAACCGGUCACUGACAGAGGUGCGUCCGGAUGCGUAUAUCUUCGAUGAAGGACGACAUUUGGAGGUUCGUACCGUGCUGGAGGAGAAUGAAGGUGAACGCUCACCGGAUCAGACUUCUCAACCAUUUGAACGCGAUCGCAAGCUGUCCAUUCGCUCGGAGGACUCGGAAUUGUUCCCCGGUAGUGGCGUCCAAAAAACACUCUCACCAGUGGAUUCGCUCGGUGUUGCCAUUAAACCAUCACCGCCGCCACCACCACCGUUCUUGAACAUCCGACAGGACACGGCAAGCACGGAGAGUAAGGACACGCUCACCCCGCUGGAAGGGGCCGACGAUAGGACGCUCGUUGGAGAUGAAACCGUUGACGAUCUGAUGGAUGGAAACUACGAGGGACUUCGGCAACGCACUGGACGCCGGCGAAACUCAUCCAUGUGUGGACCAGGGGUGGGUGUUUCGAUGGGUGGUUCUUUCGGAGGUGGCACUCCCGGGACCGGCGUCGGUGGACGAAGAAACUCCGAAAGCGCAUCCGGUGGGGGAUUGGAUAUCAACAAAUCACAGACUAGUCUCUGCCAGAUACCAGGUUUGGGGUUCGGAAAGCGGCAACAAAGUGUGACGCAAUCGGAACCGGAUAGUGGCACCGAUCAACCUAUUCAACGCCCAGUUCCAAAAGGACGUCAUCUUUUGCUGCAGAUACACACAGAGUACACAUCGAUCACGGAUGAACUGGAGAGCGUUUGCCACAUGAUCGCAUCCCCCACAAGCUCGUUGAGAGGUGAGUAUUUGGUUUGCUAUUUCGGAUCAAUAUUGAACAUGGUUCUCGUCUUUUCAACAGAGGCACCGAAGAAGAAAAGCGUCAACGAACUUUCCAACCCCGAGUUCGCUGCCAUGAUCGAAAAACGGCAUCUGAAGGAGUGUGAAGAUAGCGACUAUAUGAUGAUGGAAACGUUGUUUCAAACGCGCUGCUCGCUGGAGGACAGCGACGAGUACUUCGAUGAUGCAGGGCCCGAAACCGAACACGGUCCGCGCAAGAUGUUGCGCCGUGAGACGGCCAUCGAGUUGCCGGUGACGCCGUCCAAGUCGAACAUCGUCUCGCUGGCGGACAGCGCUCAGGGUCACGAGGACUACGCAGGCAUGAAGAACGAACGGCAGGGCGCGUCGAACCGGAACUCGUUGCGCGACUCGAAGAACUCGCCGCUGUCCAUGUCCAGCCAGAACUCUCCGCGCAACUCUCAGUACAUGCAGGGCGCCUUCCUAAACCCUUCGGUGUUCGAGGGCGCCAGCCGGCUGUACAAGAAGUCGUGCGAGAGUCUGCAGAAGAACUCCAGCACCGACACGGAGUACUCGCUGCAGCCGUACCGGUUCAUUAAGCAAAGCUCGAACGAGACAAACAGUUCGUUCAACAUCGACAACUCAUCGAUUACGAAUGACCUCUCGAUCGAUGGCGAAACGAGCCUCAACUCGACCGUCAUCGAGAUGGUUUCAAGCUCCACGAUCGCCGUACCUCCACCGGCGGUGGACGAUCGAACCGGUUUCCUACCCAAGCGCACUUCAUCGAUCGGAAGCUGCACAACGCAACACACGCAGCAGCAGCAGCAGCAACAGCAGCAACAACAUUCGGUUGAAUCACGCCCGUCGUUCCUUAGGAAACAGUUCAGCGUAGAGAAAAGCACGCCCGGGGGUUCGCCGGUAGCGAAAGACAACGGAGGAUCCAUUCCGGACGGCCUGGAAAGGUUAACGUCAACACCGGCUCCGGCAAUCCCUAGCAAACCACCGCGAUCUACCCGCUUCUCCGACAGCCUGAGCGUACUGGGGACGAAGAGUGUGCUAAGUCUGUUGAAGGAAAGCAGCUCCACCAGCACGGAAGAGCCGAUGCACGAGGGACGCAAAGCGUCCACGAUACCGUGCAUCAGCACGAACCUGGUGCAGGACGAGAUCGCGAAGCUGUCGUCGAACAUUAAGAGCAGCACCGACGAAGACACCGAUCCGCCCAUCAAUGAAACCAUGUGCUGAUUUUAGUUGUGCCCUCCGUCAGAGGUAAAUGUUUUUUGUAGCUCGCCGUGGGGUUUGUCGCCUGCUGGCACAGUAGUGUAGUAGAUCCUGGCGCAAUGCUGCCAAAUUGGUUUUCAGGCGUCUAUCGUAAUGAUUCUGUUUUUAAAUGUUUAUUUAUCCAACCAAAAGAAAGCGUGUACUUAAAAAGUACUUUAAAUCGAUAACACACACACAUAUACGCACUAAAUAAAGUGCUAGCUUUUGCUACACUUUAUGUUUUCAAUUGGAUAUCCAAUCGAUAUGUUUGCCAAAUCCAACUAAGCUCGGUGUAUUUGGAUCACUCUCCUUUCGCCUUUUUAAGAAAACUAUAACACACAAAGCGAUGAACAGAUGAAAACCGAUACCUUUCCUCCUACAUAUCAAUGUUAAAUUGGUUUUCUAUAACGGAUUUAAGCCGAUUGCCAUGAAACGUUAUACUUUCCGCUGGAGAAUAGAUGCAGUUCAACAGAUAAAGGGAAGGGGUAGGCAUAGUUUAUCCAAGAAAUUCCAUUUAAGGGUUCGUGUACAGAAUGCUGUGCGCUUAGCGCACCGUCCGUAGAAAGACAAAUGUUUUAUAUACCCUAUGUUGCCAUUGAAAGUGUGCUUACCAUCCAUUUCAGGAAGUAACACUGUGGAAUGAAUGAUGAAGUAGUAGGUUACUUAAAGAAAAUCUCCCAGCAGCUCAAGAGUGAUGAAUAUCUAGAAAUCCCUUUAUUCAACAAUAAGAUAUAUAUAUUCAUAAGCCUACAUGGAAAUAAGCGUAGUUGGCACUUAAUGCCAUCUCACACACACACAUUUUUUGCACGCUAUGUCUAUGUCCUUUGGUUUAACUAGGUGCUGUAGUUUAUUAGUUUCGAUUAUGUUUUACUUCCCAUAAAGACGCAAAGGGAGAGCAAACCUUCACUAUACUAAGUACUUAAAGACCCAAAUGUUUUGCUUAUGUUUGAAAGUUGUUCACCAUUAUCGAGUACCAAAAAUACAUCACCUCGGUAGGGUGAAGCUAUAGAAACUGGAAAGAAACCGUUCAACAAAUCAAAGUAAUAAAUUCGAAUUGCCUCAUGGCAUCGUCAGUGUAGUUUGGAGUAUGGAAAAUGAAGAAAAUAAAUAUUGUAAUAGCAAACCCCCUUGGAUCAAACUGUUAAAAAAUAAAGUAAGCAAAAGCGUUGUGCAAAACGACCUACCAGUGAGCGGACACCUGGACGCCAUACAGCGCCCCGGGCAAUGGUCCUACGAGAGUUGUACUAAAAUGUGACAAUAUUAUUGAAGUUUAAAUCAGUAUGCAAAAGUACAGGGGGCGUAUGGCGCUGUUCGGUGCGCAGACGUAUAGCGUAGACAUAUUAAAUGGAACAAUAAAGGGGCGCCAGCCCGACCUAGGGAGUGAUCUCUCCCAAAGGCCUGUGGGAGACGGGAUGAGGAUCGCCGUUUUGUUGAUAACGUAAGUUACUGGAGAGAGAAAAAAAAAACCGUACGCAAGCCGAUGUAAAGCUAGGUCGUUGAAACAAUAAACACGUUGCAAACUAAUGGAGGUGUGGUGAACAUUUAGAACUUUUGAAACCCUUUUGCUGCCCGUGGGAAGGAUAAUAAUGCGAAUUUGCCGGCGUUACGAGAAUGGUAUGAGGACGAAUGUUGUAGAUGGAGGAAACAUUAUUAUGUUAAUGAGGCGUCUAUUUUUACGUUGGAUACUCUUUUGUAUCGUUCUAGGUUUUACAAAUUCAUUCGGACACGAUCGUGGUAAAUUGCAUUAACCUUCGGUUGAAGCAUUACGCUGACAUUUUAUCAAUGUUAUGAAGUACAUUUAGAUCAUGAAAGUAAACAAGAGUGACAAAUAUAUUUCAUGCGUACGAGCAUGGGAGACC